AUGGAGGAUGCUGUCUUGCCAGUUAAUGAAAUUUACCACAACAAUGGUGACAUAGAGUGGCAGCCUUUAGCUCUAACUCUAGUUGAAUAUCCUAAAGGUGAUUGGAUAGGCAAAAUCUUUGCCUUAAUUAGCUUAAGCCCCUUUGGUAUCGGAGCUGGGUUUGUAACACUAAUACUAUUUAGGCGCGAUCUUCAUACAAUAGCUUUCUUUAUUGGUACUUUGGUGAAUGAGUUACUCAAUAUAAUUUUAAAACAUUUAAUUUGUGAAGCAAGACCUCUUGUACGGGGUCAUUUGUAUAAUGAGUAUGGCAUGCCUUCGUCCCAUGCUCAAUACAUAUGGUUUUUUAGCUUUUAUGUUUUAUAUUUCUUUGUUAUAAGAUUACAUCACAUUAAUAACAAUAGUAUAAUAUCAGCACUAUGGAGGGUCAUUAUUGUAGGCAGUUGUUUCACUCUAGCUGUUCUAGUGAGCAUUGGUAGAGUGUACUUGCAUUAUCACACUAUAUCCCAGGUUAUUGUUGGUGGUAUAGUUGGAUUUCUAUUUGCAACAGUGUGGUUCAUUGUUGUUCAUAGAAUACUUACACCUUUAUUUCCACAGUUGGUGUCUUUGAAGCUAUGUGAAAUACUAAUGAUAAGGGACACAACACUGAUACCUAAUGUGCUGUGGUUUGAAUAUACUAAAUCAAGGCAGGAGGCAAGAGCUCGAGGCCGUAAAAUGGCGUCUUUAAAGACUACAAAA